ACGAAACCAGAACAGACCAAUGGAAUGGAGCCCUGCCGUUAAGUCCGCUCUAUAUAAACCACACGACUGCAAUUCUGGCCCCACUGAACAGUGACCCAAGUGACGUAUUGCUACCCUAUGGCGAAACCUAGUGCAAGUCACUGACGAUGAAGUGUUCACUGAGUUUGGAUUACGUGAAGACGCUAGUAUGUGUGUUCGUGGUGUUGUCGGUGGUGGACUGUCGUCGAGGGCGACGGGCGAAGCGCGGCAAUGGCAAGUGCGGGAGUGACUCCCUCGCCGAGUACAACCUCUCCUUCUUCGGGGACUGGGCGAAAGAAGCAUUUCCCAGAAUGUACCCUAAGUACAGACCUCACGCUCAGUGGUCCAAACUGUUUGGUUUAACUCAUGGGCGGACGCAUAAGAUGUGGUCUGUGGGUGAGCUGGCCUCUCAUGCUGUUAAGAAAUUUGUUGAAGAAAGAAGCACAAUAUUACUGGACAGGCAUGCGCAAGGAUACAAUGACACGUUUGAUAUAUUCACCGCUGCACCAAUCCGAGGAGGGGUGGGUCGGACGUCGGCAAGAAUCUUCGCUGAUGGAAAACAUUCAAAGGUUUCCUUCCUGGUGAAGAUCAUCCCGAGUCCUGACUGGUUUGUUGGCGUCGAUGGACUGGAGCUGUGCCGCAAUGGCCGCUGGAGAAGGAAGGUGUACGCCCACCUCCGCCCAAUGGACGCCGGAACUGACAAAGGUCUCACCUACACGUCCCCCAACUGGCCCUCUCACCCGCCACAGAAAAUAUUUGAGAUUACACCCAGCUACCCCGACCAUCCGGCCAGCUCCUUCUUCUACCCGGACAGAAAUAAGCUGCCCCGGAUAGCUCAUGCCAUUCUGGAGAGGGUUGUGGAAUACCAGCAACAGGGACGGUCCACGGAUGUUAAAUUCAACUCCAUGCCUAACAUGGUCGUUGAGAAGCAGCCCCAUGAACUGUCACACAAAUCGUGGGCCCCGCAGGAGGCAGGCGCGGAAGAGAUCGCGAUCAACACCAAGAUCGACCAGGCACUAAGGGAGAAGCUAGAGAAUGAUAUCCAGAACAGAUUGAAGACGUCACCAAGACGUACCUUCUUCCUUCAGAGAAUGGUGAAAAGGGGAGGACAAGUCCUGGCUGACCAGAGCUCGGAAGAGGUUGAGGAAGAGGAAGAGGGACCUCACGUCGGAACUAAGAUUGAACGUACUGAAGAGAAAGCUGUGGAGUCAUUUCUCGCCGGGAGGGAUCCGUAUGCCGAUGUCUCAACGACGUCUGAAAAUCCUACAACACCAGCUCCAACUACAACAACUACACAGAUGUACCGCCCAGUUGAUAAUGUUAAUUCAUUAACACGGGAGCAUGGGCUUGAGACGGUAAAAAACACAAUGGGAGAGGACAACGAUUCUGAAGAAGCUGCCAAGGCUAGACUGAUGCUGCAGCCGACGUUCCCGAUGUCAAAGGAGUCAGACGAAGGUGAAGAUGUGAGUGUUGAGCAGGGCAAUCUGAACAUGAACAGUGUAGACAGCGAAGAAGCAAAAGAAUCAAAUAGUCAGAUUUCAGACCGUAGUGAGGAAAGCCAUGAGAUCACACAGAAGUACAAUACCGGAAGUCAAGUACAGCAAAGUGUAGAUCGAGAGCAGCACUACGGACACGACAACGUUGAUCAAAGCGUGAACACAAGGUCGACAGGGAAGCCUAUUAUGUUUGAUCACACUAUCGACAGUCAGGUGAAAGAAGACGUUGAAAAAGACGAGGACGUUGUCCCGGACUACGCCGCUGCAUACUCGUCUGGAGGCGUUAAGACGGGCGCCACUCAAGGUCACCAGGUCAACCAGCACGUCGAAGACAUUGUCCGGAGCGGUCAAACUGAAAGGCCCCACACUCAGACACCACUAGUGGGCAAACCAGUGGACAGCGACGUUGACAACAACGCUCCUACCUAUGUCCGAGGCGGUGCUGAUAAUGACGUCGAGAAAGACACGUGGAGUGAAAGUCGUGGUGACAACGUCGAGAAAGAGACAGACCAGAAAGAGGCUUUAGAAACACUGGGCAUCUUCCACGUGAAAUCUCCACUGAGAGGCAGGAAAACAGAUGAACAACUAGACUGUUUGGUCACUGAAUGGUCACCGUGGAGCGCGUGCAGCUUAACGUGUGGCUUCGGCGUCAAUACAAGGACACGUCAGGUCACACAGCACGCUCGUAAUGGCGGCAUGAACUGCCCAAGGCUUUCCGUUGAAAAAAUAUGUGGAAGCAUGCGCACGUGUAAAUGGAACUAUUUCAACAGCAUGUUCAACAGGAACAGGGGCGGACGUCGACGACGGAGAAGGAGGAGACACCAUCAUGGCUGAAGACACGUAAACGAGAUCUGAACGAGAACUGGUUAUGAUUACCAUGGAAACCGUGGUUUCCAUUUUUGGUAUGCGCGACGUCGUGUUCACCGUUGUUGACGUAACGAAUGUGUCAGAGUUCACACGGAACACAGAGACAAAUGAAGGAGCGAGGAAGCCGAUGCGGUGCCAGAGCGACAUCCGCAUGUAGAAUAGAUGCAUUCUGUUUCACAUCACCAUAAGACAAGUCAUCUACAUUUUUAUCGGAAGAGGGCGAAGUUCACUUCCGGUUGUUUUGAUUCCGGAUGUGUUUGAAACACGUAUCACGCCGCUAUGCGGCAAUCAGAUAUUUGAAGCACAAAUGAAAGUCAGAAAAAACGUACCAAGAUUUCUUUUUCCGAGAUAUUGGCACUCAAGAGACUGAAGUAAAGACACAAAGCUUGUGUACUUUCUAAAAUGACAUUACUCUUCAUCUAGGUCAUGUAAUACAUCAAAAGAUACAUCAUCGUUGAUAUCUUGGAUGAAUAUUAGUUCGCGUUGUACAUAGUUUUAACUAUACAUGUUACCGAUGCUAUGUGUAUUUUAACCUUGACAGACUCGGUGGUUCAAGCGAUGCUGUCCUCGAAAUCAGAAAAACAGCAAUUCACAAGAUUGGCAAAAUACUGUGCUUAUCUGGAUUCAUUUGGAAAGGUUAUACCAUAGUUUGUUUUUGUUGACCCCUGUCAAGAAAAUAAAACCAAACGAGGUAGUCAUCUUCACAAAAAACGCUACCCUGAUUUAAAAAAAACGCCUUAAUUACAAACAUAAUAGCAGGACAUGAGGUACAUAUGAUUUGGUCAGUCCAACGGCAUCGUCCUCGGGGAUAUAUUCGUGUUGGGUCAGUUGCUACAGGGAAGUAUUGAGCGAGUUAUCUUGAAGCAUUUAACCGUAUACGGAUUCACCUAGACAUGGAACUACAAAGACAGAGACCUCUGAGCCACCGAGCGAUAGCUGUAGAUUAUAUAGUAUGUAUAUAUAGAGCAUAGGGCAAAUACUUGUUUUUGUACAUAUUGGGUGAAUCAAUCUUUUGCAUAAUUUUUGUACAAUUUUCAUACUUGAAUAAAAGACUUCUUGUUACCGCU